AGCUAGCAGGUUAAUUCCCUGUUCCCCUCGCUUGCCCCUUCAUGCACAUAAAGACAGUGCAUAUCAGCGAUGAACAAGAAUGCGGUACAUGCGUGGUUAGAAAGUUCACAUUUGGUCGGCUGUGCGGUAACUCCAAUCACCCCACUUGGCUACUGCGAAGCGGGCUUGGAUACCGUGGUCAAAAUAUCUUGACCUGCACCGACUGGGGAAUCAGGCACUACGGUGUGACACAGUACCUGUAAUAAAUUGUUUCCUUUAUUGAAUUUCACCACCUCCCUCUCUUCCUUCCCUCCCGUUUCCAUCUCCAUGUCGUAUUCAUCUGGCAAGGAGAGGCAUUCAAGGGAACGUCCUACUCUCCCGCCUAUCCGCGAUCUCUUUGGAGACGAGUUAUCUCGAUCCGCGAAAGCUCCUCACGACUCACCUCCGUUGACCUUGGCCCGUCUUAGUAUGAGUGAUGAUGAUCACGAAGUUCCCCCUCGUACUUCGAGCUAUCCAGGUUCCGGGGCACCGUACAAUGCUGGUCGCAACUCCAUGUUUCAGUCAUCUGCUCAAUACGUCCCUCCUGCGUCACGACCUUAUCAUGACCCGCCAACGACAUUUUACAAUCAUCAGCAAUCGAGUUCAACGUCCUCGUACACGACGCCUGCAUUUUCCAAAACUAGAUCCUCUGACAGUAUUUACGGCAAUCAGCCUGGAAGGCCAUCUCUUGGGGCUCGUUCAUCAUCUCACAUGAGUUCCUCAACAUCAACUGCCUCUCCGAACAGGUUUCCCGUUCAUCGCAACACCGUCCCGCAAAUGGAUUAUCCCCACAGUUACGGGAUGCGGUUUUCCGACUCUCGACGUGACGAUUUCAGUCGACAACCAGCAGAAGAUAGGCUUCUAGCCGAUCGCCAUCCUUCUGGCGAGAAUCCGGCAACUCGAUAUCCUUUCGAUCAACGUCCGUCGGCUAACACUUAUCCGUCAUCGGAUUUCCCUUCUCGCGCACCGGGUAAUGCUCAUCCCCCACGUCCGUGGGCAAUCUCGACCUCAGUGGACAGAAGCAGGGCCGAUGACGAUGAUCCUACGCCGACAGCUCGAUACCGUGAUGUAGGACCCUCAUUUGGACGCCCACCUGAAAGAGAUGAUGAACUAAUGAGUGCGUCUGCUUCGAAGUACGAAUGCACCUAUUGUGGUAAGGGCUUUAACCGCCCUAGUAGUCUCAAAAUCCACAUUAACAGUCAUACGGGAGAAAAACCAUUUGUCUGCCCCGUUGAAAGCUGUGGAAGGAGCUUCAGCGUCCUUAGCAAUAUGCGUAGACACGCUCGCGUCCACACUCAGACUCCCUCGAGACAGCAGGAGCUCUCCAGUGACGAAAGUAGCGAAAUAAUAUCACCGCCUCAGUCAGCGUCAUCGCAGUCCUCCGGCGCGCUAUCGGUGGCUCCCUCCCAAUCGCACUGGCAGCAUCGUCGGGACAGCAGUGCAUCUGCAUCAAGCACAAGUUCCCGGAGAAGUCGCAGCGUCUCGUCUGAUGAUUUCGAUGAAACCGAUGAUCAGUUGCGACCAGAGAAACGAACUCGUCGUCACCUCAAAUAAAAUGAUGUUCGACGUACCGUACACUUAUUUGCUUUUGGGUUUGGGGGCUAUUCGCUAGAUUUCGCUCCACGACUUAAUCAUUUUAUGCAUCCUCUCCAUCUGCAUCAUACUAUUUAUUAUUUGACUCACAAGUACAGUCUCACUCAUCGCUAGUAGCCAUCAUUUAUUGCACCUAUUUAUUCGAGGUUCGCUUGGUUUGCCACGCCGCUCCUUCCAGUUA